AUGGGUGACACCGCUACUGCCGCCGCCACUCUCGGCCUCACCAGGCCCAACGCCGCCGUCGAAUUGCCUCAGCAUGGCGAUAUACUCGCGAUUGCCGUGACGGAGAAAGACGUGCAGCCGCCGCAGGUCCCGGACUCCACCAAGUUCGAGAACGCCGUCCUGAAGAAGCUUGACGCCCAGCUCGGCGGCCUGCUGCGGGCCGCAGCGGCAGAGGAGGAGUUCACCGGCAAGCCCGGCGCCGGUUGCCUGCAGGGCCUAGGUGAAUCCGUCGCGUCACUUGCCAGGGCCGCUCAGGCUACCAGCGCCGCCAUCCUUCUCGCCGCCCCCGCUGUGAUCCGACAAGAGUUGAAGCUGAAUGCUGCCGCGGCAAUUGCUUCUGGAACUGUGCUUGGACUAUAUGAGGACAGCAGAUACAAGUCUGAAUGGAAAAAGGUGCAUCUGAAACAGGUAGACCUAAUUGGGCUGGGAUCUGGUUCUCUUGCGGAGGAGGCGGCGAAGAUCGCUUCGACAUACAGCGAUGUAUUCACAGCCACAAUAUUAGAUGCGGAGAAGUGCAAAGAACUGAAGAUGGGCUCCUACUUGGCAGUUGCAGCGGCUUCUGAAACAAACCCACCUUACUUUAUCCACCUGUGUUACAAACCCCCUGGUGGUAAUGUCAAGACAAAGCUGGCUCUUAUUGGGAAGGGCAUAACAUUUGACAGUGGUGGCUACAACAUUAAGGCCGUACCAGUCCCCACCAUUGAGCUUAUGAAGGACAUGGGAGGUGCGGCAAAAGUUCAUUUCAUAUCUGCUGCGUCUAAAAAUAUGAUUAGUGGCUCAGGCAUGAGACCCGGUGACAUCGUGACUGCUUCUAAUGGAAAGACAAUCGAGGUAGAUAACACGGAUGCGGAGGGGAGGCUUACACUUGCUGACGCUUUGGUCUAUGCUUGUAACCAAGGUGUUGACAAGAUUAUCGAUCUGGCAACAUUAACUGGAGCCAUUCGUGAUGCACUUGGGCCUAGCAUUGCUGGGAUUUUAACACCAAGCGAUGAGCUAGCCGAGGAAUUUGCGGCCGCCUAUGAGGUCUCCGGAGAGAAGUUCUGGAGGCUGCCGAUGGAGGAGAGCUACUGGGAGUCCAUGGAGUCCAGCAUCGCUGAUAUGCUCAGCGCCGGCCCGUUGCAACCCAAGGCCGGCGCUAUCACUGGCGCAUUGUUCCUGAAACACUUUGUUGAUGAGAAGGUUCAGUGGAUGCACAUCGACAUUGCCGGCACAGUCUGGAGCAACAAGAAGCGGGUGGGUACUGGCUUCGGAGUCACCACCUUGGUGGAGUGGGUUCUCAACAACUCGUCAUCCUGA